CGGCAUCUUCCAGCAGUUCAACCUGUCGUUCUGUGAUGGAGCCAUCAGGUUCGGCUACGUGGGUGAAGCGCCAUUCAUUACGUUCAAUGAUCCAUACAAAUACGUCUUCAAAUACAUGGCCUUCUGGGCACCCAUUCAACAAGUUGAUUUUGACGACUUCUUGUACGUGCCAAACGGACUGGUUGACUCGUACUACCCGCUUACCGUAGAAACAAACACUCUGCGCACGAACGCGGACUUUUGGCAAGUGUACGACCUCUCGCCCAACGGCAGCCGUCUGCACGACUUCAGCAUCCGCUUCACGUACAAGGGCGGGGCUGACGCCAGGAUCGGUCUCUGCCGGAGUCGUGACUAUUCAUACCAAUAUCAACUACGCCUGUUACUCGACCAAGCAAUCUUGUACCGGACCGGCCUCGAUUGGUUCUCCAGCGUCUCAGUUCCUGGCCUGAUAUCGAACUCAGAAUUUCGUUCUUUCUACAUCACUAUGAAGUUCGGCACUUUCAGCUUUGGUCGACAAGGAUCGCCGACUCCUCUGAUGUUCUAUCAACAUCCUGGCAACUACACUGCAGGAUUUGUCACUCUCAUCAUCUCCUCGUACCAGGGGAUAUAUGGCCUCUGGCAGUUCGCGGACUUGCCUCACUUGGCCAACAACGGGGAUGGUGCCGCCACAGUGUCGGGAGGCUGAGAAGCUCCCGUACAUCUCAG